AUGACUUCACAACAAGGAAAGAAUAAUAAUGAAAGUGUUUGGGAUACCCAGUCAAAAUGUAUUUUAUUAGAAGCAUUAGGAAAAUAUUUACCUUUAGGUGUGAAUAAACAUUUUUCAAUAUUAAAUUGUACAAUUAUCCUCGCAGAGAAACUGCCACAGAAAAACUUUUCCUAUGAUCAAGUUUAUAAAGAAAUAAGUGAAUUCUAUAAUUUAGAUGAGUUGGAUGAUGAUGUAAUUGAUGAAGAUGAAAAAGAAGUUUUUAUUUUACCAGAUUCAUAUAAAACUUUAAUGGAUGAAAAAAUUAAAAAAAAAUAA